ACAGCGGGGGAGAGUAAUAUACUACUGAGAGACAGACAACCACUACUCCAUCCACCCACCUAAUCCAUCCAUCACCAGAGAACUACCACGAGAAAGUGCCGCAGCAAAUUUGUCUGGGCUCGUUUAGAGUAGAAAGAAACUUAGAGCUUGGGAGUUAUUGUCAUUCCUUGGUCGCUUUCGGAAACCCUAACCGCGGGAAAAGGGAAGGCAAAGGAGUAAACAAGGAAAGAAAUCCUUAUCAUCACUUGCUUGUGGCGAUUGCCCAUAUUUGAUUCCGAUCGUCUGGUUCGUGUGAACUGUAGAUCCCCUUCCCGAUCUGCCCGGCCGAGUCGGCCAGCAAUGGGCUGCUCGGUUCGGAGGAGUUGAACACACUAAUGCCCCGUGCCGGCGUCGUUGAUCCCCCGGAAACUGUGUCAAUGUCGGCUUCUUCAGCUGCUUUUCUUGACCGUUCUAGACCUGCUACUUCUAACACGGUUUUUAAAAGCGGACCACUGUUCAUUUCCUCGAAAGGACUAGGUUGGAAAUCAUGGAAAAAGCGGUGGUUUAUCCUCACACGCACAUCCUUGGUUUUCUUUAAGAAUGACCCGUUCUUUAUGUUGAUUGCACCUGGUACUGAAAGAUUCGCAUUAAGUGCCUUACCACAAAAAGGUGGUGAAGUGAACUUAACUUUAGGAGGAAUAGAUUUAAAUAAUUCUGGGAGUGUGGUUGUAAGAGAAGAUAAAAAGUUUUUGACUGUUUUGUUUCCCGAUGGCCGGGAUGGACGAGCUUUUACUCUUAAGGCCGAAACUUCUGAGGAUCUGUAUGACUGGAAGAAUGCUCUUGAACUUGCCCUUGCACAAGCACCAAGUGCCGCUCUUGUUAUGGGGCAUAAUGGGAUUUUUCGAAGUGACAAUACUCAUCCUGUUGAUGGCUCUUUCCAUCAAUGGAGAGAUAAGCGCCCUGUGAAAUCUUUAGUUGUUGGAAGACCUAUUUUGCUUGCUCUUGAAGAUAUUGAUGGUAGUCCAUCUUUUCUUGAGAAAGCUCUUCAAUUUCUUGAGAAGUAUGGAAUUAAAGUGGAGGGGAUUCUGAGACAGUCAGCUGAUGUUGAGGAGGUUGAUCAUAGAGUUCAAGAUUAUGAACAAGGUAAAAAUGAAUUUGAGGCAAAUGAGGAUGCUCAUGUUGUUGGUGAUUGUGUAAAGCAUGUCUUGAGGGAGCUUCCUUCCUCCCCAGUUCCUGCAUCUUGCUGCACUGCAUUGCUGGAUGCCUAUAAAAUCGAUGGGAAAGAAGAUCGGAUAUCUGCUAUGCAUUCUGUCAUAUCAGAAACAUUUCCUGAACCAAACCGGAGGUUGUUACAAAGGAUUCUGAAGAUGAUGCAUACACUCUCUUCUCAUUCUCGUGAGAAUCGGAUGACUCCUUCUGCUGUUGCUGCAUGCAUGGCACCCUUGCUUUUGCGCCCAUUAUUAGCUGGCGAAUGUGAGUUGGAGGAUGACUUUGACGCUAAUGGUGACAAUUCUGCUCAGCUUCUUGCUGCUGCAAAUGCAGCCAAUAACGCUCAGGCCAUCAUCACAACUCUUCUGGAAGAGUAUGACAGUAUUUUUGAUGAUGAAAAUCUACAGAGAUGCUCUAUCUCGGCAGAUUCUCGGAUGGGUAAAAGUGGAAGUGAAGAUUCUAGUGAUGAUGAAAAUACAGAUAUGAAAGAUAACAAUUACCAUGAUGCAGAAAAUGAAGUAGACCAAGAAACAGAUGAUGAUGCUGAGCGUGUGCUUAGUGGGAAACUGAGUGAAUCAAGUGGUUCAGCUGGCAGCGAUCUUUAUGAUUAUAAGGCUUUUGUUGGUGCUGAAUCAGGUGUCAGAUCACCCAUUGGCAAUCAUACCCCUGCCGAGAGUUCAGACUUUGUGACUGAACCUCCACACGUUAGAGAUCCUGGUGCACAACUUCUGAAGCUAAGCGAACAUAAGAAAGGAAAUGAAAAUUCAAUCAACGGAACAGAUUCGUUGAGUGAUUUACCUCCUGGUGAAUCUUACCGGUCAAUGGGAGAGAUCCUAUCUACAAUAGAUGCUGAGCCUCAGGUGCCUAUAUCAUCUAUUGAGUCAUCAGCUGAGAAGCCAGCCGGUAAAGCUACAACCUCCAAUGCCAAUGGAAAGCGAUCAACAUUCUGGGGAAGAAGCAAUGGCAGAAAGACACCAUCUACGGAGUCAGUUGAUUCUUCUGAAGAAGAGCUUGCUAUUCAGAGGCUUGAGAUUACUAAAAAUGAUUUGAGGCAUAGGAUAGCAAAGGAGGCUAGAGGUAAUGCAAUUCUGCAAGCUAGUUUGGAGAGAAGGAAACAAGCUUUGCAUGAGCGGCGCUUGGCACUUGAACAAGAUGUCUCAAGAUUGCAAGAGCAGCUGCAAGCUGAAAGAGAUCUUCGAGCUGCAUUGGAAGUUGGUUUGAGUAUGACUUCCGGGCAGUUGUCAAGUUCACGGGGCAUGGACUCUAAAACAAGGGCAGAGCUGGAGGAGAUUGCUCUUGCUGAAGCAGAUGUAGCGAGGUUGAGGCAGAAAGUUGCUGAACUCCACCACCAGCUCAAUCAGCAGCGGCAGCAUCAUUAUGGUGCUUUAACUGAUGAUCGUUAUCAGCAUAUCCAAAACCAUAAUCCUCAUCAGAGAUUUCUUCAGCAAGAUUUUGAUACAACCCUUGCUUUUGUAAAUCAUGAAAGAAAACAGAGAACUGAGGUACUUCUAGCUUAUCCUUCAUUGUACAUUUGUGUUUUAAGGUGGCGAAUGCAUCACAUGGAUCAUUUAAGCAAUCAUCUUUUUAGGUUUCUUCAUUUCUCGAGAAGUUCUUUUGAUUUAUUCUUAUUUCAUUCUCUUUUCUUAUGAACUCUUCACUUCUCCACCCAAGAUCAUUAACAACUAGUCUUUUGUCUGCUAAAAGUUUGUGAUUCCUCAUUCCUGCAAACAGUGUGUGCUAUUGGCAGUUAUUAUUAUGUCUCCUGGUGCAGAUGUAGGAGAAAAUCAAUCAAAAUUUUGUUAGAUUGCAUUUGAGUAUAGUGCGCUGGUGAAUCCUACUGAUUCAUCAUAUGUGCUUCCCUCCAAAUUGUACUCAAUGCCGACCUUGUACAAAUAGUACAUUAAUUCUUGGAGAGAGAAAGGGAGGGGGCUGAUCAAUUGUUAGCUGAUUAUUAAAAUUCAAUGAGGUGAUUAUGUCCUACCUUUCAGAAAUUCGAAGGAGGUUCUAUUAGGAGCAGAUUGGAGGAAUAAUAUUAAAGGAGCUGCUGGCAGCAAUAGCAGGCAGCCUAAUAAUAGAAAACAAUAUAUGGAACCGACAACCAGCCUCAGUGACUCUAAAAGUACCGAGGACGCUUCUACCAACUUAUCCAUGGAUGAGCUUUGUGGCGUCGUUGAUUCUGCUCCUACAUCAACUUCGAGACCUGUAGAGGCGACAGAUUACACCAGACAUCCAUCAGCAGCAUCUUCUGCUUUAGUGGAACUGACAACGCGCCUUGAUUUCUUCAAGGAAAGGCGGUCACAGCUGAUGGAGCAGCUCCACAACCUCGAUUUAAACUACGGCACGACUUCUUCACAGGAUUUUGUGUAUAGUAGGCCUCCAUCUUCCCCUCCAUGGAACUGACAGGAAAUAAACAUCUUCUGUGAUCAGCAGUGUUGUUGUACAUUCUCUAUCUUCCUGUGUUUGCAUAUAAUUCUUUCCCCCCCUCUUAUCUCAAUUGUAUUCUUCUUGCUCUCCACCAAAUCAAGAGUAUUUCCUUCCUCGUUGUAUGAUCGAGUGUGCUCUCGCGAGAUCAGCAGUUGAUGGGACGGUGCCCGGGGAGAUCAUCUAUGACUGGACAAGAGUGACUGUUGUGUUCUCUCCCUCCGGUUUUCUAUUCUAUUUCAGGAUUUCCCCUUGCUGUUUGAGAGAUGCCUAUGUAUAUGAGAUUUUAAUGUUUGUGUUGAGGUCAGUAUCAAUGUGGUACCGAUGAAAAAUACUCAAAAAGUCCAAAUACAGAUGAAUGGUCCCUAAAGCUCUGCUUUCUAUACUAGCCUUAGGAGUCGUUUGGAAGUUGCGAUUGUUAAAUAAAUGUAUUGUUGAGAAUGCAUGUAUAAUUUU